AGCCCCGCCCCCUCUACGCGCUACCCCGCCCCGGCAGUCCCCGUGCCGCGGGGCGGGGCGGGGGAGGAGCCGCCUCCGCGGGGGGCGCUGGGUCCCUCCAGCUGGGGGAACGGACCUGGGCUCGCGGGGAGAGCGAAGGGCGGCCGGGUUCCGGGGGGAGCCAGGCACUAGGCUAGCGGAGGGGAUCAGCGGUCCCAAGGGAGCGAGGACUCCGCCACUAUCGCGUUUCCUGCCUGUGGCGGAAGCGCCCUUUGACCCCGGAAGUGUCAGGCCGAGGGAGGCGGGGCUGAGCUGUCAGAGCCGGACUCGCCGACAGAGAGAUCUCAGCACAAUGCCAGUAUUUCCCUUGGAUGAACUCCAGCUGACAGAGACUGAUCCAAAGACAGGGAAACUGAGGACUUCACCAGCAUUGCAUCCAGAAAUGAAGGCUGAUCGGUCUUUUGUGCUAUAUAAACCACCCCCUAAAGUCAGAGACCCUGCUCUAGUGGAGGAGUUCUUGGAACGAGCAAAAUUCAUUGCAGAUGAUCUGAACUGGCUUCUGGCUUUGCCUCAUGAUAAAUUUUGGUGCCAGGUCAUAUUUGAUGAGACACUUCAGAAAUGCCUGGAUUCGUACCUGUGCCAUGCCCCUCGCAAGUUUGAUGCAUCAUUUGAUUUCCCUCUGGAGGUGAAUGACAUGCAGAAAUGCCUUCAUCAGAGUGUCUUCCUAACCUUCCUCAGAAUGUCCACUCACAAGGAGUCCAAAGAACACUUCAUCACACCCUCUGUUUUUGGAGAAAUUCUUUACAAUAACUUCCUGUUUGACAUCCCUAAGAUUCUGGAUCUGUGUGUGCUCUUUGGGAAAGGAAAUGGCAUCUUACUUCAGAAGAUGAUUGAAAACAUCUUCACUCAGCAAUCAAGUUACUUCAGUGACUUGAAUGAAACAGUGCCCACAAUCCUCCAGGUGUUCAACAACGUUCUGCAGGAGUGUGGCUUGCAAUGUGAUGGGGCCUCAGCCAAGCCCCAGAAACUGGAAGAAAGAGUCAAAGUGACUCCUAGUGCCAUGCCUCUCCAGGCACUGAAGGAUAUCGUGCUGUACUUGUGUGACACGUGCACCACCCUUUGGGCCUUUCUUGAUGUCUUUCCCCUGGCCUGUCAGACCUUUCAAAAACAUGACUUCUGUUACAGACUGGCUUCAUUUUAUGAACUUGCAAUUCCUGAGCUGGAAUCUGCAAUUAAGAGGAGGACAUGUGAGGAUAAGAGGUAAAAAGUGGCAGAGAAGGUUUGCCUAUUCUU